UCUUCGUAUGAUUUCCGCGCCUUCGACGCCGACAUCGUCCACAGUGGCGAUCUUCCUGACCUCUUCGCCGUGCGCGAAUCGCCCUGGGGUGCGAACGAGUUCCCGCCCUCUUCGCUGGUCGGCGACGGUGCCGCCAACCACAACGCGACCGCGAUGGGUAGCAACGGAUACGCAUCCAUCCAGUCUACGGAGCACGAUCAGCGCGGUCCUGGACAGUUUGCGCAGUUGCCCUUGGACAUACUUGAAGGCGGCGUCUCGCUGGAUCCCAUGUACACCGGUGGCCCGAUGGCACAGGACUCUCUCCUGUCUACGGUGCAGGGUCAGUAUGGUCCUAGUCUGUUUGCGCAUCUGCCCUUCAAUAUGUUUGAAGGCGGUGGCUCGCUGGGACCUGUUGACACUGGUGGCCCGAUGGCGCAGGAUCUUUACAGCACGAACGCGCAAUAUCCUGUCGGCUUGGACGUUCCGGCCGCAGACUUCACGGCACAGCUGGGCUUAUGGGACAUGCCACUGUUACCACCGCCUGCAGCGACUACCGACGCAGGAAUUUUGGAGGGCCUCGACGAUAACCCAGGGUCGUCCCUCACCGGCGCAGGUGUGGCGCCACAAGGUGGCGUCCAUCGUCACAACACUCGUUCGCAGAGGCGCAACGAACCGUAUCCCAUGAACCAGGCUGCCGCCUCCGGCGCAGACCUGACACACAACAACACGAUAUCGACCGGCGCCGCUCGUAAGGGAGGUGCCCGGUCGACCGGCGCAGGCAGAACCAAGCUGUCGCGCCCCAGAACGGAGACGGAGACGGAGGAGUCGGGCGGGAAGACCAAGAAGCGCAGGGGGCCCGAGGCUGAACACAUCCGGACGUGCAAGGUCGAAGGCUGCGUGCCUAAGCAGAAGACCAAGGCGGGGAAGAACAAGGCGGGCGAGCAUAUCUUCGCGACGAAGUCCUCCCUUGUUCGCCAUAUAGGGAGGGAGCACCAGAAGACGGAGGUCCAGUGCCCUCGAUGCGGGAAGGUCGUUUCGCGUAAAGACUCCUUCAAGAGACAUUGGAAGAGGUUUCACGAUGUCCCCGGUAAGAAGCCUAUGUUCAGAGACGACGAGUACGAGGAAGACGAGGAGGACGAAGAGGAAGAUGGCCCGCCCGAUGCGAUGCCUUCUGGCAUCCACAAGCGCCGCGACGAGGAGGACGAUCAAGACUUCGGCGGAAAGGGUGGGAUGGGAUUGGGGCAGUGGUCGAUGGGCGAAGGGAUUCACGCCUACUAG